GAAAGGGUGAGUCGGUGUUCUCUCCCUGCUGACUUCUCGGCGUUGCGCCCCGCAAGGAGGUGCCGGGAAGUGGGUGAGACAUGGCCGGGCAACAGUUCCAGUAUGACGACAGUGGCAACACGUUCUUUUACUUCCUGACUUCCUUCGUGGGGCUCAUCGUCAUCCCGGCUACAUAUUACCUGUGGCCGCGGGACAAGAACUCUGAGCAAAUUCGUCUGAAAAACAUAAGACAUGUCUAUAGAAGUUGUCUGUGGUACCAGCUAAAAUUAGUCAAGCCACAGAGGAAUGUAGUUCCCACUAUAAAAAAAAUCCUUUUGCUUCUGGGAUGGGCAUUAUUUCUUUUUCUUGCCUACAAAGUCUCCAAAACUGACCGAGAAUAUCAGGAGUACAACCCAUAUGAAGUGUUGGGUUUGGAUACAGGGGCAACUGUCUCAGAAAUCAAGAAGCAAUAUCGUCAUUUGUCGCUAAAAUUUCAUCCAGAUAAAGGAGGAGAUGAAGUUAUGUUUAUGAGGAUAGCCAAAGCUUAUGCAGCCUUAACAGAUGAAGAGUCCAGAAAAAACUGGGAAGAGCAUGGUAACCCUGAUGGACCACAAGCUACGACCUUUGGCAUAGCACUACCAGCCUGGAUUGUGGACCAGAAAAAUUCUAUGCUGGUUUUACUUGUGUAUGGAUUAGCCUUCAUGGUUAUUCUACCAGUUGUUGUGGGUUCUUGGUGGUACAAGUCCAUCCGCUACAGCGGAGACCAGAUCCUUAUUCGCACUACACAGAUAUAUACAUAUUUUGUAUAUAAAACCCGCAACAUGGAUAUGAAACGCCUGAUCAUGGUGUUGGCUGGGGCAUCAGAAUUUGAUCCACAGUACAAUAAGGAUGCUACAAGCCGGCCUGCUGAUAAUAUACUUAUACCACAGCUUAUAAGAGAGAUUGGAAGCAUCAAUCUAAAAAAGAAUGAACCUCCUUUGACUUAUCCGUACAGCCUCAAGACUAGAGUUCUGCUUCUGGCCCACCUUUCAAGGAUGCAGAUUCCUGAAACAUUAAAAGAAGAUCAGCAGUUUCUGUUGAAGAAAUGCUCUGCUUUACUCCAAGAAGUGGUUAAUGUUAUUUGUCAGCUCAUUAUCAUGGCUCGUAGUCGUGAAGAAAGGGAGCUUAGGCCGCCUUCAUUGUCCUCAUUGGAGAACUGCAUGAAGCUCUCUCAGAUGACUGUACAAGGACUUCAACAGUUUAAAUCUCCUCUCCUGCAACUACCUUUCAUAGAAGAAGACCAUUUGAGAAGAGUGUCCAACCAUAAGAAGUUUAAAAUCAAGUCCAUUCGAGAUCUUGUCAGCAUGAAGGAGUCUGAUCGUCGCACCCUUUUUAAUUUCUUAGAGGACAACAGUUAUGAAGAGUUAUUGGCUGUGCUUGGCAGCUUUCCACACAUUAACAUGGAGAUAAAGACUCACGUGCUAGACGAUGAGGACAGUAAUAAUAUCACAGUGGGUUCCCUUGUCACUGUUUUAGUGGUAUUGAAAAGACAGACGAUGGCUGAGGUGUUUGAGAAAGAACAGUCAACUUGCUCUGCAGAAGAUCAACCUGUGGAUGAAAAUCAGGUGGAAAGUGGCAAAACGAAAAAGGGAUGGCAACAAAAAAAUAAAGCUGCCAAAAAGUCUUCCAAAUCUAAGAAAAAGAAGCCACCAAAAAAGAAACCAACGGCCAACCAACCUUUACCCCAGCAAAAGCAAAUCAAACAAAAGCAAGCAAAUGGAGCUGUUUUAAACGAUGUCGCUGUAAAAGAUGACGAAGAAGAGGGUUCUGAUAAAGGCAGUGACUCUGAAGAUGAAGAUCAAAACCAUGACUCUCAAAGUGAUGGAAGUGAUAAAGAUUCUGACAGAGAGACAGAUGAAAAACAUGGAAAAGACGAUGAAGCUGAAUGGCAAGAAUUGCAACAAAGUAUACAGCGUAAAGAUCGGGCACUCCUGGAAACCAAAUCAAAGAUAACUCAUCCUGUCUACAGUCUUUAUUUUCCAGAGGAGAAACAGGAGUGGUGGUGGAUUUACAUUGCAGAUAGAAAAGACCAAACCUUAAUAUCCAUGCCCUAUCAUUUGUGUACACUUAAGGAUCAAGAAGAGGUGGAGCUUAAGUUUCCAGCACCAAAUAAACCAGGACAUUAUCAAUAUACCGUGUUUUUAAGAUCAGAUUCCUACAUGGGUUUGGAUCAAAUAAAACCAUUGAAGCUGGAGGUUCAUGAAGCUAAACCAGUCCCAGAAAAUCAUCCACAAUGGGACACAACUAUAGAAGGGGAUGAUGAUCAGGGAGACAGUGAUGGCUUUGAAGAAAGCUUUGAUGAGGAAGAAGAUGAAGAUGAGGAUGAUUAAAUGGCAGUAUAAAGAGAAUUGGAAAGGUUGUUCAUGGUUGUUUCCUGAUACCGGAGUUAUUCCACCUUACAGAGCCACAGUGUAGACGUACCUGAGGAUGAUUAUUUUAGCUACUGUACCUGUACCGAGUGCUUUGUGUCACAUGCUAUUGGAGGUCAAACAAGCCUUUGCCAUUGGUACUAACUUGGAAUGCCCAGUGGCCAAGUAUCACAUCGGAUUAUGAGCGAUACAUUUAUUCCAUCGUAAAAACUUUUUAAAACCAUAUCCAAAUUUGAAUAAAAUUGUCCAUCUUUGUGCAAAAUGAAGAGUACUAUGGAAAGAGUUGAAUCCCAUACUAACAUUUGUCUGAGCUCAUUUUGCGUUUGAUUAAAAUUGUAUGACUCAUUUUCUAUCAUGUUGUUUCCUUUUGAAUUGACCUGUUACCUAUCAGUUGUUUACUUUUAGCUUCUUGUUGCAUGGGACAUUUUUUGUAAUAAGUCACAUUCCACAUUGUUCAUUCACAAGUCCUAUAAGUGUAAUAGUGUAUCCCAUAACUCACAUUUUAAGUUCUUGAACCUCUCCACCCUCCUAUUUUCCCUUGUGAAAAGAAACAUUUUAUUUAAUGAUUUACCCAUAACUGCCACUAGCAAAUCAAUGCAAUCCGUUCUUCUAAGCAAAGGCUCUGGAAGCUGUGGGGCCACAAGUAGCAGUAUGUUUGUGGUUUGGGGCUUUUUAGGUACACACUAAGAGCUAGAUGUGCACUUUUGGAUUUUUUAAUGUUAGUUUAAAAAGAAGGGUCUGUUCUUUGUGGCUAGAGAAAGGAUGAACGUUUUACACAGCCGUGAAAUAUAUAUUUUGAUUCUUAAUAUUAUAUAGCUACACUACAAUUUAGUCUUCAGAACAGUGCCAAGCUACUCUUCUUCUUUUACCAGUGUUUUGUAUGCUUUGCAACAUAUGGAACAGUUGUGCUUUCAUUUGUGUUUGCUCAUUUUGGCUUUCUGCAGAUGAAACAAUACAGGCUGAACAAAAAAACACCCUCAAACGGAGAGCUGUGGCUUUGUGUAGUCAACCUAUGACAAAAUCUGCAAUAUACCUUAUUCCAAUGACUGUUUUGCAUAUGUAAGUGUUCUUUUAUUUACCCUUCCAAACAUCCGUACUAUGGGGAAAAAAUAUUUUUUUUAACAGCUGUACAUAACCUGGCAUUUGAAAAGUUGCUAAACAAAGACAAAUGGAUGUUGGAUGAUCUUUGAGAUUACAGAACACUCAUUACACAUAUAGUUCUCAAUAAAUGUAGAAAUGACAAAAGAUUAUCAUGUAUGGUGGGAACCUAUUGUUAACUGUGUAAUGCUGAGGUGACCUUCUUCAAAUAUUUUUAAAUUCACUUAAGCCGCUCAAUGUUAAAAAAAAAAAAAAA